AUGCCAGGAUCAAACAGAACAGAUUGCGAGGAUCGUGUAACUCGACCAUUGAGGGACUCGGUUUCUUCAUCGGUAGUAGAACCCCCAGCUCCCUCAACCACAUCAGAACCACUAGCGCCUUCAACACUCAAAACUAAUUCUGCUCAAAAAAAUAAAAGAAUGUUAUUAUUCAAUUUAUUUAUGAUAUUUGUUGAUGUCGGUUUACCACUCCUCCUAUAUUUUAUUCUUUCAAAAUACAUACCCACUAUUUGGGCACUAAUCAUAUCAGGUAUCCCACCUGUUGUUUCUGUUAUCCUUAAUUUUAUCAUUCGAAAACAAGUCAACGCCAUAGGAAUACUCAGUAUAGUCGGUUUCAUUGCUGGUACUAUAUUAUCUGUGAUCCAAAAUGAUCCAAAGCUAUACUUAUUACGAGAAUCAUUUAUCACUGGUGUAGUUGGUUUAGUAUUUAUUGUCACUUUAAUUCCGAUAAAAAUCGGCUCCUUCCAAAUGCGUCCCUUAAUUUAUUAUAAUAGUAAAAAUCUUGGAAUGGGUAAUCUUAAAGGCUUAACUGAUGAUGAACCUAUUCCUGAACGAUUUGAGAGAUAUUGGAGGUCUUAUGCUUCAUUUCGACGUGUAUUUAUCGUCUUGACCGCUGUUUGGGGUUUUGGUUUACUUCUUGAAGUUCCUGCCCGUAUCCUAAUUAUUUACUUUACAAAAACGAUUGAUGAAGCUGUUUAUAUUGGAAAUAUUGUUAUUUAUAGUUGGUUGAGCUGUUUAAUUUUAUUUACCAUAAUUUAUUCCGGAUGGAUGCAGAAAUUAGGUCAAAAAAGAGAAGCGGAGGCUGCUGCUGCUGCUGAAAAUGAAGCAUAA